ACAAGCCAAACGCAGCCAGAUCUAAAAACUACGAGUAAAACAACUUCUUCCUCUGAUGUUGCCAAUGGACAGGGCAGGAAACUUUGUGCCGGAGAUCGUGGCGAAAGCCACCCUCACCGAUGUCAACGUGAAGAAAUUCAGCCGGGAAGAGGUCGAGUUAAACGCCAAGGUCUCCGUCAACAACCCCUACGGUUAUCCUCUUCCCAUAUGUGAUUUCUCCUACGAACUCAAAAGCGCCGGCAGGGCGAUUGUGUCGGGGUAUAUGCUGCCGGAUCCGGGGUUGUUGAAGGCGAGUAACACGACGAUGCUAAUGGUAUCGGUGAAGGUGCCGUACAGCAUACUAGUGAGCUUGAUAGGGGAUAUUGGAGCGGAUCGGAAUAUAGAUUAUGAGUUGGAGGUGGGUCUGACGAUUAUCGACAUUCCGAUCAUCUCUGACCUGAGAAUCAAUCUAUCCACCAAGGGCAAGCUUAAGCUUCCUACCUUCCCAUCUCAUCUGCCAAGUUCAACGGGGCCCGUGGGGUCGGGGAGUCUCUCCCCGUCCUCGUCUCCGUCCGCGCCGAUGACAGGGACGGAGAUCCCCGCGGAGAUUUUUAACGGAGGUAGAUUUUGCUCCAUCUGAUUCCCCGUGGAUUCCUAUUCCCCACCAAUUAAUAUCUAAAUAUAUAUUUUUUAGAUCCACCAUAAAUAAAGAUUAAUUGGUGAAGUUCAAACGUUCCCUGGCAGUAGCAGCUGCAAUUCAACAAACCACAAUUGGUGUCAAAGCGGCUAUCACGCAAGAUCAAAAUUUGUAAAAAUUGUAAAAUUGAAGAUGCAGAAAGUAGCAAGGAACCACAGAAUCUACAGACCCUUAAAACAUACGAAAAUCUAGAUUGAAAAAAAGAAUCCUAGAUUCAUCAAUUAUCUUAUUAGCAAAUUAGUAAAAUAAUCAAAAUCAC